AAUCGACGACCAUGACGUCACGGCCCGCGAGUGUGUGAUAAAAAACCGUGCGUCAUCGAUAAGUGGUUGGACACUUACCCGCGGUAAUUCCGUGUUCAAAUAUUGAACAAUUAAUGAACAUCGUUUACGCAACGAACGCGUCCGUCAUUCGUUGCCAUGGUUAACAAAACGAACCGCCGUCGGUUUGAUCGGUGGUCGAUUGCUUGCGAAACACAGACGCAAUAUUGAAAGCGCUUAUUAACAUAACGGUGUAAUAAUAUUAUUAAUAUAUUAAUAACAUCACAUUAAUAUUAUGUACUAUGCUUUGUUCGGUGGCGAGACGCUGAGGCGUUUGUCCGUCGGAUAGAUUGGUCACGUCCCCGGCAGGAUUGUUCGGRAACAACGUCAAACAGCAGCCGAAAAACCAUAUAUUGCGAUAUUGUCAUCACUCAUCAUGUUGUGGGGUUCGAGCCCGUGUCUUGAUCUGGCCGCACACGAUGACGUCGGCGACGGUCAUUAUUUGAAUAUAUUAAUCGUGAGCGCCGGCGAUACUCGCCACUUGCUGCAAACGCUGGCCAAACGGUACGAACAUUCGUACAAAAAGAUCAAUAUCUAUGUAUACGAACCAGCCGUCGACAUGUAUGCCAGACAAAUCCAGCAAAUAGCGUUGGCUCUCGAACCGAUCGAUCGGGUUAGCUUAUCGUACAAGGUACGUACUUGGAUGGAACUCUAUGGUAAUACUCUUGUAAAGCCCARCACUAACAGUUAUUUAAUCAAAAAAUCAGCUCAACUUAUAGAUAUCAUUACCGAUGAAACAGCUAGGCAGCACUGUUUGCCCAUUGUACAAUUAGAUGCACUUAAAUAUAAAGAAAGGGACAUUAUUGAAACCAUAUUUAAAUAUUGGAAAAAUAAUAAUGGCUUCGACAUAACAAGGAUGUGGGAUAAGAGGGUACGAAACCAUUUGGGCACAAGGUAUGAUCACCGAAACAAUGUGUUUGAUUGGGAUUUACAUAUGGUUAUUCAUUAUAUCGACGGAGGUAACAGAAUCACAAAUCGAGAGUACACAUAUUGGCGAGACACUGGUGUAGCUUACACAUUUUUAGAAACGGAUUGUACUGAACCUAAUUAUACAUUUGCUUUAGCCCUAUUGAAAGAUGGGUGCAAAAUAACUGCAAUGGACUAUUGUGGAGACAUUAUAAAUGGUCCUUUUCCAUCUUUUGGAUUGGACUGUGAAGACAGUGAUAUGUUGAAAAUGGGUAACAUGCAACCACUAAAACGUUCUGCGGACCUGACUGAGAGAAAUUUAACAAGAAUGUUCUAUGAAAUAGAAAAUCAAAAGCCUUACAAACACAAAGGUAAAACUGAUAAUCUCGGAGUAAUUAUAACUGAACUGCCAAACGUGAAGAUCCAAACAGUACAAAAUACAUCUCCUCAAGCUAGAGUAGUUUCAGAGCGUUACUCCAGUAUUAAUAUUAGUGAUGUAGAGAUCCACUUUAUUCCACGCACAGCUAUGACAGAUUAUCCUACAUUUGAUAGAUAUAAGAGUUUUUUUGAUAUAAUGUAUUGUGGCCAUAUUUAUAUUGAAAAAAUGAACGUUCAUAUAACAUCUAUGAUUAAAGAUGGAGGGGUAGUUUUAAUGGAAACUCGAAAAUUUAUCGUGAACUACAAGCAAAAGCAACACGAUGAAUUCAAACAGAAAUUAAUAGAUUUAAUGAAAGACUGUAAAUGYGUGUCGUCAUCAGAGGAUAUUGAUGUAGUUAAGAGUGCUGUAAUUAAAUUUAAUAAACAAAAUUAAG